AGCCAGGGCAAGAGAGCGCAGGCCUCGACCUCCAUCGCGUCGUUUCGAAGCUGCCCGAAGGAGGAGAACCUGGCCGAGGGUGGUCGACUAGAGUCACGCAACGAGACCCGAGAGGCCACCUCGGGGGUACCGCCGAUUGUUUCCGAAGCAAAUCAGUCAGUCUGCAGAAUGAAGUGUCCGGCGUGGCUGGUUUUCGCUCUGCUCCCGCGUUUCUUCGCGGUGAUACCGGUCGGCCUGUCGCAGAGGACCCACGGGAAGCAGGGCCUGGGACGCGACCAGCUCCUGGUCAAGAUACCGGACCAAGGAACGGUCGCUGGCAAGGAGGUAUUCCUAAAUCCUCCCUCUGUAAGGGUGAUACAGUAUUUGGGGAUCCCCUACGCCCAACCACCGUUAGGUAAGUUACGUUUCGCCGCUCCUGUCACGGACCCCCUUCCGUCCUGGAAAGGAAUACGAAAUGCCACGCAAUUCGCACCCUCCUGCCAACAAGUGACGAACCGACUGAAGCUACACGAAAAACAUUACAAGAGAUUACUACCAGCCGAUCAACCUGACCCUGGAGUCAACGAGGACUGCCUUUACUUGAAUAUCUUUGUACCCGAUGGAAAUCGACCGGAUGACGGAUGGGCGGUGAUGGUAUGGUUUCACGGAGGUGACUUCAACACUGGUACGCCAGCCAUUUGGGAUGCGUCAAUUUUUGUCAACAAACAAAAAGUGAUAGUCGUGACGGUGGCGUAUCGCCUGAACAUCCUGGGCUUCUUCACCACGACAGACUCCGAGGCGCCAGGGAAUUACGGUAUGUUCGACCAGAUCGCUGCACUGGACUGGAUUCAGAGAAAGAUCCAGUACUUCAACGGAUCCCCGUCCAACGUGGUGAUCUACGGUCACAGUUCGGGAGCCAUCAGCGUAGGUCUGCACCUGAUCAGUCCCCUGAGCAAAGGCAAGUUCUCCAAGGCGAUCGCCAUGAGCGGCGACGCUGUGAGCUCCGUGGGCUCUCCUCGCACGGAGCUGCCCGUGGUGGACAUAAUCGCUGAGAAAUUCGGCUGUUAUCGACGGCCCACGUCUGCCCUGAUGGAGUGUCUGCGUCGCGUGGACGUGAACAUCCUGGUACGCUUGUCUUCGGACAUAGAGACUUGGGGACCGAUAGUGGACGUCGAGAUCAACAACGCCACGGAUCCGUUCCUCCCCAUGCACCCCAGAGAAGCGUUAGAGGGUGGUAGCUUGAACAGCGUCCCGUUGAUCGUGGGGUACACCAAUAACGAGCAGGCCCUGGCCUACAUGGAAUCCUUGGGCAAAGGGAACGCCAACGGCAUGCUGUCGUCCAGUAAAUUCGAGAUGCUGAUCACCGACGACUUCGUUUCCAUGGUCCAGAGCCCCGACGACAACAGUACUUGCGAAAUGAAGCCGGAGAUGGUCGCUGACGCUGUGUUGUUCUUCUAUAAACCACAUCCUCCUAGCAAGGACGAAGGAGUUCUUCGGGACAGAUACCUAGACUUGCAAACCGAGAAGAACUUCGCUGCCGGGUUGACUCUGUUGGCUGGCAAGGUGGCCAAGGAAAAGAUGGCUUUCGUUUACAGGUUCGACUAUCGCCCCAAGACCCCGUCCGUCACCAAGAACGUGCCCGAGUGGGCAGGCGUACCCCACAUGUUCGAGCUUCCUUUCGUCUGGGGACUCCCCCUUGCUCCUGGCAGUUCUAUCCAGUGGCAAUUCAGCGACAAGAAGAUGUGCGAGGUGAUGAUGAUCAUGCUGGCCAACUUCGCCAAAACUGGCAAUCCUUCUCCCAAUAACAUCAAGUGGGAGCCGUACACGGAAGAGGAGCCUGGAAUCCUGAUCAUAGACAAGAACGUCGACAUGGGCGACGCUAACGCUGUCGACUACAUGGCGCUCGCUUUUUGGAACGAAUACUAUCCCAUGGUUCUCGAGGAAGCGACGAACAAUUGCUGCAACAUGACCAGCCGCUCUACUACGUGGAGGGAAGCCUCUCGCAGCAUUGUUCUGGGCAGUCUUGUCGUAGCUGUGGCGUUACAGUGCCUUUAACCGCAAUCGAUGUUGGAGAUUGUCUUUUUGGUGUGCUCAACGAGGCCUCUUUUGCGCAAACGUUGAACAAACGAUGCAAAUUUCGAUAUUUUGGUAUACAAACGAAUGGGUCCUAUCAUGUACGACGCCGAGUAUCGAGAGCCUCGGUCCGCCAGAUUUAUUUUGACCUCGUUCAAAAUCGACAAACAGAAAUCGUUGAUGUUUAGAUAGACGUACGCGUCCAUCGAAGCGGAUUUCGUCGAUUUUGAAGUUGGAACAGGUUGGCUACGUAAUAAUUUGAAUCUUGCUUCGAUCGUUUUGAUAUCUGGCUUCGUAUGUGUUAGAAUCGCAGAUGGAUACUGUACAAAGUGGAUUCACGUCGACGCGUGCAUAAAAGAGGCCCAAACAUACAACGAAAACAUGGACGCAUCGGCAUCGCUUAGCGAUCUAUAAAAAUAAAAUGAUAAAAUUAGUCGCGGAGACAACUGAAACGCUCAAAAUAUUACAGAGGAUGUAGAUUUUGUUCCACAAGCGAGGAACCAGGUGGUUUAAGUUCAGGAAAUUUUUAUCCCGGUAUUAUUGUAGCGAAUAAAAAGAUCGAGUACCGUGUAAUUUGAUUUUCCCGCUCGUCGUAGGUCGAUGUAAUUGGUGUAUAAAGGUGUUGAGCGGUCGUUUUUAUAUAGUCGUUUUCUUUCUACGAUAAACAGAAUAACAAAAAAUAAAUGUAUAAAAACUGCUUGUGAAAUCAAAGAAAUUGUUGUAAUUCGUUGUUCCUGCAAUUAUAGUAGCAACUUCCAUGGGGAGUAGUUAGAACCAGAACUAAUAGUGUGUCGAUACUGUUCCGAAUGUAAAUCGUGUCCUUUAGAUACAGGUUUCUAAUGUAGACGUCAAUGUAUUCACCCAUCGGAA